UCCGGACUGACUACAAUAAGGAAGAGUCCAACGCCGCUCCUCCUCUUCCUCAGUCUGCAAAGUGGCUUUAAACUCACACAAACCGCCGUCAGCCUGAAGCGGCCGCUUCCCUGGUCCUGAACCGGAGAGACGUCGCGUUUUGUCCCGGUGUCUUCUUCUUUUUGUGGUUAAAAGGGGCUUCAGUCGGGACCAUGCCGCCCAAGAGAAGAGCAGCCACGGCCGCCAAGGCGGGGGGCAAGAAAGCGAAGGAGGAGCCCCCAAAGGCCAAAGAUGCAUUCACCUCUGCCAAGGAGGCCCUCCUGGCUGCAGGGCCACAAGUCAAAGGCAAGAGGAAAGUGGAUGAUUUCUGCAACGUCUCAGCCUCUGCAGAGGUUUACGAGGACUACGACUGCAUGCUCAAUCAGACAAACAUCGGGCACAACAACAACAAGUUUUAUGUCAUUCAAGUCAUUAAAGAUAAGAAUAAGUUCUACUCCUGGAACAGAUGGGGUAGAGUGGGAGAAACGGGACAAAGCAAACUUAACCCGUUUGAUAAAGCUGACAACGCCGUCAAGGACUUUGAGAAAAAGUUCAAGGACAAGACAAAGAACAAUUGGAGCGACAGAGACAAUUUCGUGUCUCACUCUGGGAAGUACACCCUAAUAGAGGUGGAUGGGGACCAGGACGCCGAGGUCAAGAUCGACGUUGUGGAUGGGACGGCCCGGCUUGUGAAAAACUUCCUACCGUGCACUCUUGAUGACGCCACACAGAACCUGAUCACUUUUAUUUUCAGCAACGACAUGUUUAAGGAGGCGAUGGAAUGCAUGAACUUAGAUAUCAAGAAGAUGCCUUUGGGAAAGCUCAGUAAGCUGCAGAUCGCAAAGGGCUUCGAAGUUUUGGAGGAGAUCGAAGCGGCCAUGAAUAAAAAAACCGCAAGAUCACAUCUAGAAGAACUUUCAUCCAAGUUCUUCACCACAAUCCCCCACAACUUUGGCAGGAACAGACCACCGACCAUUAGCGACAAGGAGACUGUGGAGAAGAAAAAAGAGAUGCUCAUGGUGCUGGCAGAUAUUGAGCUCGCCCAGAGUCUGAAAUCAGAGACUGAAAAGUCCCACGAAGACCAGAUCGAGACAGUUCCUCAUCAGAUCGACCAAGAUUACAAUUCUCUGAAAUGCAAGCUCAGUCUGCUGGACAAGAAACAGCAGACAUUUAAGAUCAUAGAGAAAUAUCUGAAUGCAACAGCAGGUUCAUAUCGCAAACCCAAAAUUCUCAAUGUCUGGGAGGUGGAUCGAGAGACUGAGGGAGAGCGCUUCAGCGAGAACGACGAGCUGGACAACCGGCGUCUUCUGUGGCACGGCACAAACGUAGCAGUGGUGGCUGCUAUUCUGAAGAGCGGGCUGAGGAUUAUGCCUCAUUCAGGUGGCCGUGUUGGUCGCGGGAUCUACUUUGCAUCUGAAAACUGCAAAUCUGCAGGCUACGUGAGAACCUGCAAAUCUACUGGAAUCAUGUUUUUGAAUGAAGUGGCUCUUGGGAGGGAGCAUACCAUCACCAUCGACAACAGUGGUUUGAAAAAAGCCCCUGCAGGCUUCGACAGUGUGGUGGCGCGAGGCUCUGUGGAACCGGAUCCUUCAAAGGACAUCUUCAUCACCCUGGAUGGAAAGAAGGUUGCUGUUCCUCAGGGUAAGGCCAUCAAGCAGCCUCAGUUUGCAGACAGCAACUUCUGCAGCAGUGAAUAUCUCAUCUACAAGGAAAGUCAGUGCCGCAUUCGCUUCCUGCUGGAGCUGAAUAUGUAGAGAUCAUUUAAAUCAAACAAUAAAACAAAGUCCUUCAUAAAAAGAAAUAGAAAAGUCUAAGUGCUUAAUGUUAGGAGCUUUCUAAAAAAAAAACACUGCUAUGUAAUUAUCCCAUAUAUUACUACUGUUGUUCUUAUCAGUGGGGCUUGUGUCCACGUAGCUUUUCUUUCUAGAUAUGUACCAGUUGGUUCCAAAGAGGUAUGCGCGUGGUUUCAUUCACCUCCGUUUGUUUUGAAUGGAACAGUUCUUGUCCAGCUUCUUCCUCUCGCCACAAUGUUUACUCUAUGAAAAGAUCAAUGACCUGAAAGAACGAGUUCACAAGAUUGCGUCACAUGGAGUACGGCUUUUGAAAACAGCCCACAGUCAUACGUUUCAGCCACUUGUCUUGAAUGUAAUGAUAUCAACCUGUGUUAAAAGCGUUUUAAUCAUUGACAUUUAGCUUGAUCAAUGUCAGCGAUAAUUUGACAGUUUACAGAGAAUUUAAGGACUGCAGAGGUUAAGCAGCAACUCUAGAAACUUUCAGAGGCUUUAGUGCGACCUCUGCUCCGGACACUAACAGCAGCUUGUGCUUCUCUCUGAUAGUUCUGUUUCAGGAGCAACAUUUGGCCUGAAAGUUCACUUCUUGGCAAAUUAUCGUAUAUGUUCCCAAAAAAAAAAAAAAAAUCCCAAACAAAAGCUUAAUUUUGUUUAUGAAGGAUACUGUGUUGAAUCAACUUCUCCUUCCCUUGUUUCAUUU